CUUAGUUUACCAGAGGAGACCGGAAGCAGACCAGGUCACAGUGGGAGAACUUUCCCCGCACUAGAAAACAUAUCUGGCAGAUUUCUGGGACAUUUUCAUUUACAUUUCUGCUGCAUCUUUGUCUCCACUUGGCCUUCCAUCAGGGACGAUGAUGGCUCGGGGAUUUUACAUAUUGGCUUUGCUGGCUUUUGGACAGGCUCUAGAAAUGACUACUCAUGUUGGUACUUCACCGGAAAAACUGACCAAAGCCUCUGAUUCAAAUAAUGGAUCACAUAGUACUAUGAUCCCGCCUACAACAGCUUUCACACGGAUUUCUACAGCUAUGCCUAUAACCAUCACUAAAACUGUUUCUCCUCCAAACACCACAAUCAUUUUAACAACCAGCCCCACCCCCACUGCUGCCACCCAGACGAGUACCACUACCCUACUGACUAGCACCAUGCCUGAAACUACUGCUCCAACGACCACUUCAUCUGCAACCCCUUCCAUUGCUACAAGUGGUACGACCUCCUCUAUGCCGAUAACUACAUCCCCUCCGCCAAACAAGACUUCAUCUGCAACCCCUUCCAUUGCUACAGGUGUUACGACCUCCUCUAUGCCGAUGACUACAUCCUCUUCCCCAACCAAUGCUUCGUCUGCACCCCCUCCCAAUAUAACCUCCUCUACACCAUUUCCUCCUACAAACUCUACAGCCAAGUCUACCACCCCAGACAGUGGAGGGUCAGGCGUCAGAGCUUCUCUGCUGUUUUCUGUCAUGCCAGUGUUGCUCUACACUCUACUGCCACCGAGCAGUAACUGGUAAAUUUUAACUUUUUGAAAUUGUGUCUUCGGGUGAAUGUUGAAUAAUAGUGAAUGAAGGUGCACUCUAAAGAUGGAACAGAUUUAAGUUAAAUUUAAUGUGCACAUUAAUAAACUUCAGGUAUUUGGAGGUCAAUAUAAAAAGUAAUUCGAGCAGCACAUACUUGGAAUACUAUACCCACAGAACUAAUGAACAUCACAUCUCUGAAAUCCUUUUCUAAAUCUAUAAAACAAUUGCUAUUAAACAAUCAGACAUGCUGCCAUAAUCUGGAUUAAUGUACUUUGUUUUUACUUGUAGUCUGUGCGCUUAUGCUUCUUGUCUGUUCUUAUACUGUAUAUGCUCCUUUUCUGUGCAUGGUGCUUUUGUCUGUGUUUAAAUGCUCAUAUAUUUAAAUGUGCUAUAUGUUACACAUUUUUAUUUUAUGUCUGUGUGCUGCUCUAUCAAUUGCUUCCAUGUGUAUGUGUUAUCUUUUAACUAACACUUGUGUUGUUUUAUUUGUUAUGCUUAUGUGUUCUUGUGUCUAUGUUUUUGUGUUGCAUUUUCCUGUAUGCUUUUUAAUGUUUUCUUAAAUGUCAUCAACCUGCCAGGGACUGCAGAUGAAAAUUAGCCUGUAUGGCUAAAUCUGGCACAUUUACAUGUGGGACUUCGUUGCUCUUGUUAAUUAAUUUGCGUUGUCCCUUUUAAAUAAAGAAAUCUAAAAAAAAAAUUGAAUGUAGCUCUGUCAAUGUCAAGCAUGAAUUCUUUGUAGGAGCAGAAAUCCUAUCUUCUCAAGUCAGUGUUUUAAAGUUAUUUAAGACAAAAAUAUAGUUUUUUUUAAAAUGGAAAUUCUUAUACUAUCAAUUUAUAAUAUAGUACAAUGUUCAAUUAUAUAUUCAAUUUGUAGUAUUUAAAAAAGGAGGAACAGUAUUGUCGCAAAAUGUGUAACUAAUUAAUAACAUGAAGGGUGAAAUGUU